GGGACAGGGUUUAGGGAAGCGGGUGUUUUUUGGGGGCGCUUGUAGCGAGUUGGGGUUCGUCGCGAUAUGUGAGGGGUGUGAGAGCCCAGAGGAUGAAGGGCGAGAGCGACAUGGGCUCCGAAGCAGCGAAGGCGGGUUGUGAUUCUGUCUCUGAUGGUUGGAGACCGGGGCGAGUCGCUUUACGUCUUUAAGCCGCUUAACCUCAUUCCCCAGCAGGGUCUCGCCCGGCGGCGACAUGUGGGGCGUUCAGGGGGCUCACUCCCCACAGGGACUAGGCCAACUCGAAAUGCGGGGCUCCCGGGGCCCGGUGCUCUGGUGCUGUUGGUCCCAUGGCGAUGCUGAAGACCUUUAGAGGACUGAGUUUUCAGAGGCACCAAAUAAUGUCAUCUGAAAUGUUGCCAGCAUGUAUUGAGGCGUCUAAUGUUGAAAGAAAGCAAGACUUCAGUCAAGAUCCAGGAGAGAGCCUGAAGCAAGGAAGAGCUGAAGAACUAGAACCAAUGUCUAAACGACAAAUGAAGAAACUGAUAAAACAGAAGCAAUGGGAAGAUCAGCGAGAACUCCGCAAACAAAAGCGGAAAGAAAAGCGCAAUAGAAAGAAAUUAGAGCAACAGUGUCAACUGGAAUCAAACUCAGAUGGAAAUGACAGAAAACGCAUCCGAAGAGAUGUUGCUCACAGCACCAUCCGCCUCAUCAUCGACUGCAGCUUCGACAGCCUGAUGGUGUUAAAGGACAUAAAGAAACUUCAUAAGCAGAUUCAACGAUGUUAUGCAGAAAAUCGGCGAGCACCACAUCCCGUGCAGUUUUAUCUGACAAGCCAUGGAGGCCAGCUGAAAAAGAACAUGGAUGAGAAUGACAAAGGAUGGGUCAACUGGAAGGAUAUCCACAUCAAACCAGAGCACUAUCGUGACUUCAUAAAGAAAGAAGACCUGAUUUAUCUUACAUCAGACUCUCCUAAUGUCCUAAAGGAAUUAGAUGAAUCAAAGGCCUAUGUGAUUGGAGGACUAGUAGAUCACAACCACCACAAGGGACUCACAUAUAAACAAGCAUCAGAUCAUGGAAUUGAUCAUGCACAGCUCCCCCUUGGAAAUUUUGUGAAGAUGAAUAGUAGAAAAGUUUUGGCAAUUAAUCAUGUGUUUGAGAUUAUUCUGAAAUACCUGGAAACAAGAAACUGGCAAGAAGCGUUUUUUACUGUCUUACCCCAACGGAAAGGAGCUGUUCCCACAGACGAAACCUGUGGAAGUUUUUCCAGUGACCAGAAAUCCACCAGGGUUGGAGGUGGAUUGGACAGUGAUUCCAGUGAAGAGCAAAAUAGCAGAAAUGAACAAGAUUCACCUCAUGAAGAAGAGAAAUAGGAUAAAGACGACCGCACCACAUCUGUUGUGAAGAUGUCUGUUUCACACGAAGGUCCUCUAACUUUUUAUUUAUUGUUUUGUUUUUUAGUUGAGGGGAAAUUAGGAAAAAAUGAGGUACUUUAUAAAAUAUUCAAAUUGGAAGAAAAUUUCAUUUUCUGUUGUAAAUUUUUUAAAAACUUUUUACAGCUAAGUGAUAGCAAAAUUUUUGUUGUCGCUUAAGAGGAUUUAAAUGGGUAAGUCUCUGUAUAGUUUUGUAAGGCUUAAAAAAUAAUUUGAGAAUUUUACUGCUAAGUCUUCAUUCUCUUGUUUACUGGAUUGUGUUCUUCAGAAUGUGCCUUCAGUUUUAUGUUUAUAUUAGUGUCUUUCACAUGUUUUGCUUAUUUGUGGAGACAGAUUAUUCACAAAUCUCUGUAAGUACCCAGAAUGUUGUAUAUGGGAGGUUACUUUCUAUUUGCAGCAGUUCAGUUACUUCAAAGGCAGAUAGUGAUUAUGGGAAUAUAUGUCAGAUUGAUAAUCACUUAUUUUUUGGACAGUGGAACCCUUUGUUCCUCCUUCGUUCUAAAGCAAUUUCUAAAAGGUAUGAAUUAUGAAUACAGAUUCAUAAUUCUAGUAAUGGUGGAAAAUGAUUUCAAUGAAAAAAUUUAAUUUGGGGGACUAGAUUAUUUUAAAGCUGUUGAAGGAUCACCUUUAUCUUCACCUAAACUAAAAAAGAACAGCUUUUAACUGUCCUUGCUUUCCAUAUAUAUACUUUGAAGAUAAAAUAUCCGUUGCUUCAUACAGUGGAUAAAGGUAACUUGGUAUGUACGUCUGCCCACAAUGAUGUAAUGCCCACAUGAAUGUAAGCCGGUGCUUCUGUAAAUACAUGCGUGUGUGAAAAUGUGCAUGACUGAUUCCCUCUUCUGUCCACAUCAUGUGCGAUCCUGUCCCUCGUUGGUGAUAGCCGGGUGGAGCUGCUGUACAGCUGCACUAUUUCUGUGAGUAGUUUGUUGAACAAUACUAAGGAAGAGAAUUUAAUAAAGAGCAAAAAUCUGUAAGCGUUGGAACUGGCAGGGGAAUACGGGGCUAAAGGAGAUGCUUUAGUUUCCCGCUCAUCAAUGCCGACCAGUUAUGCUGCAGGGCAAGUUGCUUUCCUCUGUCAGCACGAAAGUGAAAUCUCAGAAGCCUCUGCUGAGUUUGGGUAAGUUAAGUUUCCGUUCUUUUAGUUGUUGAUAUUUCAAAUUAUAUAUACCAUUUGAUAGAACAUUUAUUGGUUUUAAUAUUGAUGUUCAGUUUUUUAUUUUUUAUUGCUUUAUUCUUAAUAAUCGUAUUGUUAUCCGUUUAAAGUAUGAGCAAGGUGUGUAAAUAAAGAACAACCCCUACAAUUCUAGAAGGAAAAAAGUUAAACACGGGGAGGGACUCAUUAGAGGACUACAUUGUUAGUUUUCACUAAUUAUAAAAGGCCUCAUGUCAGCUCCCUGGGGCUGCCAGAGCAAAUUACUACAAACUGGGUGACCUGAGAAAACAGAAGUCGAUUCUCACAGUUCUGGAGGGUAAAUGUCCUGAGUCAGGGCGCCAGGGGGACCAGACUCCCUCUUGAUCUUUUGGCGCUGGCCAUCCGUCCCUGUGUUCCCCGGCUUGCGGGGUAUGUCAUCCCAGUCUCUGCUUUGCCAUCAUGUAGCUUCCUUGUCUUUCCUGUGGCUGUGCGCAUCUUCAGCAGUUUGGUUCUUAUAUCAUCUUUUUUCUUAAUG